AUGGCCACGGCUCCGAGGGACGUGCUGACGAAGAUCGUUCACGCCGAUGCCGUGGAUGAACACAUGCACAUGGUCAGUGGCGCCGACGAAAUGGAGGCAAAGCCCGACUCCUUGGAGGUUUGCAAGGCAGUGAAAAUCUCCAGCCCGAAUCUUGGGCAGAAACCGCAGAGGGUCCAGGCUCGCCCCAAAGUUGAUGAUAAAGACGGCGGCAGCUACCAGGGAGAGUGGCUGGGAUGCUUCCGCCACGGCAAGGGGACGCAGGUGUGGGCCGAUGGCACCCGCUAUAGUGGCCAGUGGUACCAUGACUUGCCUCAUGGUCACGGCAAAUUGGAGCAGGGGGAUGUCUACGAGGGCCAGUGGAAGUAUGGCAAGGCCUGUGGCCACGGGAAACACAUUGCAACCAACAAAGUGCGGUACGAAGGUGAAUGGCACAACGACCAAAAGCACGGCCAUGGAGAAGAGCACUACGCCGAUGGAGGAAGGUAUUCGGGAAGCUACGACGAAGGAAAUAAAUCCGGCGAGGGCAUUUAUCGUUGGCCUGAUGGCUCUGAAUACCGAGGCCACUUCUGUGAAAAUUUCUUCACUGGCCAAGGCCGGCAGAAGUGGGCCGACGGUCGAAGCUACGAUGGUCAGUGGCAGGCCAAUGUGAUGCAUGGCCAUGGUCGCUUUCGGUGGCCCGAUGGUCAGACGUACGUUGGAAGCUACAGAAACGGCUUGAGGCACGGCAAAGGGAAGUUCCAGUGGCCGGACGGGCGCGUCUAUGAUGGUGAAUGGGAAGAUGGGAAGCAGCACGGGAAGGGAACUCUGAUUCAAAAGGGCCAGGUCAUCAAGGGCGAAUGGUCCAAGGGCCUGCGGGUGAAAUGA